GCACUAGACAUCUUUUUAAGGAAACUGCAUGACAUGUUUUGGUGCUUGUCCACCGCUAGUUUAUUAAAUAUGGUCUUGAUUUUUAGGAAUGUGGUUAUGGCACUUGAAACACUGUAACAUGAAUUAUAUCUAAAAUAUCCCAGCUGCUGUCAGUUAUCUCAGCCAUUAUAUCAUGAUCUGUAAAUACAUUUUUGAUGUCUGCCCAUUACACGGAAGUGGUUAUGGGUGAUAUGAUAUCUACAAUAUGGUGUCAUCCUAAAAAUGAAAACAUAUGUGGUUCUCUGUGUUAUGAUUGUUCAUUCAUCAGUGCCUCAAAAGUCAAAACACUGGAUUGCUGAAAUGCACAUGCGAAGCAUUUUUUACCACAAUAGCUUAUAGAGGCAAUAUUGCAGGAACAACACUUCAUCCAUAUUUUUGCAUGUUUAUUAAAGUAAUGAAUCCAAGGGCUGUAGUACAUUUGUUGCCAAUCAUGCUUAAGUGUUAAUACCACCUAGUGUUUUAUAGGUGCACGCCAAGGACAUCAAGAUGAUGUAUGUACAAUUGGCUAGGUUAAUGUGAGCUUCUUGAUAAAGAUGGCUGAUAACGCAAAGGUACAUCCUGGAUCUGGAGACUAUACAAUCAAUCUAGAGAACUUCAGUAAGCGGCUGAAGGUAUUCUAUGACCAUUGGAAAGAACACAAGUCUGAUCUUUGGGGUUCUUCUGAUGCUAUUGCCAUUGCUACCCCACCUCCUUCUGAGGAUCUUCGUUAUUUGAAAUCCUCAGCUCUGGAUAUCUGGUUACUCGGAUAUGAAUUCCCGGAAACCAUACUUGUCUUCACGCACAAGCAGAUACAUGUCUUAUGCAGCCAGAAGAAAGCAAAUCUCAUCGGGACUCUCAAGAAGGCUGCAAAUGAGGCUGCUGGUGCUGACAUUGUCUUGCAUGUGAAAGCUAAGAAUGGGGAUGGUGCCGACUUGAUGGAUGACAUAUUGCAUGCUGUCCGUAAUCAGUCGAAAUCAGACAAUCCGAUUGUUGGGCACAUUGCAAAAGAGGCACCUGAGGGUAAGCUUCUUGAAACAUGGGCGGACAAGUUAUCUGGGUCAUCUGUCCGACUUACAGAUGUAACAUAUGGUUUCUCUGAGCUUUUUGCUGUGAAGGAUUCCACAGAGAUCACAUGUGUGAAGAAGGCUGCUUACUUAACUUCAUCUGUACUGAAAAAUUUUGUGGUUCCAAAGUUGGAGAAGGUUAUUGAUGAGGAGAAGAAAAUCUCGCACUCUUCAUUGAUGGAUGACACAGAGAAGGCUAUUCUUGAUCCUCUGAAGGUCAAGGUGAAGCUGAAGGCUGAAAAUGUUGAUAUAUGCUAUCCUCCAGUCUUUCAAAGUGGGGGAAAGUUUGAUCUCAAGCCUGGUGCCUCUAGCAAUGAUGACUCUCUCUACUAUGAUUCGGCAAGUGUUAUCAUCUGUGCAAUUGGGUCCAAAUACAGUAGCUAUUGUUCAAAUGUUGCCCGAACAUAUCUGAUAGAUGCCACCCCUACGCAGAGUAAGGCAUAUGAGACCCUUCUGAAAGCUCAUGAAGCUGCUGUAGAAGCAUUGAAACCAGGCAAUCAGAUGAGUGCGGUUUAUCAUGCUGCAGUGGCAGUUGUUGAGAGAGAUGCCCCUGAACUACUUCCUAAUCUAACAAAGUCAGCUGGAACUGGAAUAGGCCUCGAAUUCCGAGAAUCUGGCUUAAAUCUGAAUGCCAAGAACGAUCGUCCGAUAAAACAGGGAAUGAUUUUCAAUGUCUCCCUUGGUUUGCAUAAUGUCCAGGCAGAGACCACCAAUGAGAAGACAAAGCAGUUUUCACUGUUAUUAGCUGACACGGUUUUGGUUAGUGAAAAAGGAUAUGAUAUCUUAACAGCACCUUGCUCCAAGGCUGUUAAGGAUGUUGCAUAUUCGUUCAAUGAAGAUGAGGAAGAUGUUCCUGUGGUGAAGGUAGAGGCGAAGACCACCGAGGUGGUGCCAACCAAGGCAACACUCAGGUCAGACAACCAGGAGAUGUCCAAGGAAGAGCUCCGGAGACAGCACCAGGCUGAACUUGCUCGUCAAAAGAAUGAAGAGAUUGCUAGAAGGCUUGCUGGGGGUUCUGGUUCUGGUGAGGGACGUGGUCCCGCGAGGGCCUCAAAUGAGCUUGUUGCAUACAAGAAUGUUAAUGAUGUACCAUAUGCAAGAGAGUUGGUGAUACAGGUAGAUCAGAAGAAUGAAGCUGUCCUGUUACCUAUUUAUGGCAGCAUGGUUCCUUUCCAUGUUUCUACCAUUAAGAGUGUGACAAGCCACCAGGACAACCGCACCUGCACUAUCCGCGUUUUCUUCAACGUGCCUGGCAUGCCAUUCUCAAAUGAUAACAAGCUGAAUUCUCAAGGUGCUAUCUACUUGAAAGAAAUUACAUUCCGCUCGAAAGAUCCACGGCAUAGCAGUGAAGUUGUUCAGCAUAUCAAAACAUUGAGGAGGCAAGUUGCUUCAAGGGAGUCAGAGAGAGCUGAAAGGGCAACCCUUGUUACCCAGGAGAAACUACAGAUGGGAAACAACAGAAUGAAGAUGAUGAGACUUUCUGAUGUGUGGAUACGGCCUGCAUUUGGUGGUCGUGGGAGAAAGCUUACAGGAAAUCUUGAGGCACAUUUCAAUGGUUUCAGGUACUCUACGUCAAGGGCUGAUGAGCGAGUGGACAUCAUGUUCGGGAAUAUAAAGCAUGCCUUUUUCCAGCCUGCAGAAAAAGAAAUGAUUACCCUCCUUCAUUUCCAUUUGCACAAUCAUAUCAUGGUUGGAAACAAGAAGACAAAGGAUGUCCAGUUUUAUGUUGAAGUGAUGGAUGUUGUCCAGACUCUUGGUGGCAGUAGGAGGUCGGCACUUGAUCCUGAUGAGAUUGAAGAAGAGCAGCGUGAGAGGGAUCGAAAGAACAGAAUAAACAUGGAUUUCCAGAACUUUGUGAACAAGGUUAAUGACCACUGGUCACAGCCACAGUUGAAAGGGAUGGAUCUGGAGUUUGAUGUCCCUCUUAGAGAGCUUGGGUUUCAUGGGGUUCCAUAUAAAGCUUCAGCUUUCAUCAUUCCAACUUCUACUUGUUUGGUUGAGCUGAUUGAGACUCCCUUCCUGGUGGUGAGCCUGAGUGAGAUAGAGAUUGUUAAUCUGGAGAGGGUGGGUUUUGGAACGAAGAAUUUUGACAUGGCUAUUGUGUUUAAGGACUUUAAGAAGGAUGUCCUUCGCAUCGAUUCCAUUCCUUCGACAUCUCUUGAUGCGAUAAAGGAGUGGCUGGACACAACCGACCUCAAGUACUACGAGAGCAGGCUGAACCUGAACUGGCGUCCUAUUCUGAAAACCAUCAUUGACGAUCCACAAAAGUUCAUCGAUGAUGGUGGUUGGGAGUUCUUGAAUAUGGAGGCGAGUGACUCUGAGACUGAGGAAACAGGGGAAUCAGACCAGGGUUACGAGCCCUCUGAUGCUGAACCUGAGUCUGAAUCAGAAGAUGAUGACUCCGACAGUGAGUCCUUGGUGGAAUCAGACGACGAUGACGAGGAGUCCGAUGAAAACUCGGAGGAGGAGAAGGGCAAGACCUGGGAGGAGCUGGAACGCGAGGCGAGCAAUGCGGACCGGGAGAACGGCGCUGAGUCAGACAGCGAAGAGGAGAGGAGGCGCCGCAAGGUGAAAACCUUCAGCAAGUCCCGUGCACCGGAGCGCAGCAGCUUCAAGGGUGUGCCGCCCUCGAAGAAGCCAAAGUUCAGGUGAACUGCACAGCAGUUGCUGCGGCGUGGGUGCUUUCUGAAUCACUCCUUCGGGAGCCAUGGUAUGGCUGUAGUCAGGGGCGGCCUUAGCAUAUGGACAUGGGAUUUUUGGCCAAACAAUUGCAAUGUUAGGGGUACGAUAAAUGUAUGUUAUGGAUUUUCAGUUGUUGUAUGGAACAAUUUCGGUGACUCUGUACACUUAAUCUCAUCUGCCGCUGCUGAUCAUGCGAUGUGUGUGGACGAGCACAGGCAGCGAGAAGCUUUUGUGCCACUCGGUUCUAUGUGAUCUGUCUCCCCUUCGCUGUGCUUAAGUGAUUAGGCUGAGGUAAGGCGGUGGGAGGCAGGAACGUCAAGCGCUAGCGCCAGCUGCGACAUGGCUUGUAUUGCAAUGUACGCCCGAUGCUUCCAAAUUUGUCCUCUUUGUUAAAAUCCAAGCUGAUCAACGUCAGCUGCUUGCAGUUACUUGUACCUGUUGAUGAAUGGACCUUCAUUCGAAAGGGUUGUCUUUCAAAUGGAUAUUCCAUUAUCAAUGAAAGAAAUAGUUUGAAUC